AGACGAGUGCCUUUUGCAGUUUUUUGGCAGCGGAUCAAGUUUGUUUUGCUUCGAAAUCAAAAUGAGCAUUCAUAAACAAAUUAUUUUUAAAUGUAAAACUGUUUUACUCAUUGUUCUAAGUAUUUAAAAGUGCAAAAACUACUAAAAUUACUCUAUAAGAAUGUCGGAGGCCAGUUCGGAUUCUGAAAGUUGUCCCAGCUUCGCAACCGAGUCUGAAAGCGAACAUGAUUCCACCUGGGGAGACGAAAAAGAUCAGAAGGAAGUGGAUUUCACAGCCACUGCGAAGGAAAUCAUUUGCGAAAAUGUGAAUAUAACGACGGAAAAUGCACUUAAGCUGAAUAGUGGGUACCACAACAUGCUGAAAAUGCUGAAAAACAAAUUGGAAAUACUGCUGAGUCAGUGUCAAGAACGGCAGGCAGAAAUCGAUAAGCAGAUCGAGGAUUACAAAAGCAACAGAAAGCCACUGGUGAGACGAUCAAGGAUGUCUGGGUACAUUUGUGGCCAACCGUUCUUCAAGGAUGGGGAACUCUAUCCGGGACCACAUAAUGACGAUUACUUGCAUAGGAAGAACGCAUUUAAGGAAUUUUUUCCGCUGGAUAUGUUUGAGACAACGGAUAGUAACUGGACGGUUAAAGAUAAGGUGAACAUAUUGAAAGGAGUUAAGGGGCAAAUUGUUGAGUUUAUUGAGAGGGAGACUCGUUUGAAGAUUAAAAAGCUAGGAAACGGGCUGGAGGCAGAGCGUUUGAGAUUGGAGAUGGGAUCUCUAAAACGUCGGGAAAUGCAGGAUCUGUGGGAUCGAGUGAAAAAGUUUUCAAAUGAAUAUCCGGGCCAGAAAUUUGAGAUUGACUGGAUGCGAAUUUCGAACGUUGAUAUUAGCGGCCGGCACUCAGUAUCUGCUUGUGUCGGAUUGUGGAACAAUUAUAUGCUUCCAGGGUUAGUGCGAGAUGCAUGGAAGACAGAAGAAGAAUCUUUGUUGGUAAAAGCUGCGGAGAGAAACAAACGCCAGGGUUGGGCACAGAUUGCAUCGGAGGUACCAGGUAGAUCGGCUUACCAAUGUUUCGUCCACUAUCAAACGACGUUUUCAGAUUUGGCUCAAAUAAAACGGGAGCGUUGGACGGAUGAAGAGGAUGCUCUGUUGAUGAAGGCGGUAGAAGACAACAGAAUCGGUUCGAAUAUCAUCUGGAACAAGGUGGUGGAGAAGAUGCCGCUCAGGAACAAAAUCCAGUGCUAUAAUCGGUACAUGUUCACACUGAUGAGACCGACAAAAAAUGCUAAAUUCACCCCCGAGGAAGACUGCGUAAUUUUGGCAUACGUACAGCAAUGUGGUGAUGAUUUCAGGUUUAUCCCUUCAAACUUACUGCCCGGAAGAACUAAUCGACAAGUUUGGGCCCGUUAUAACCACACCUUAAAGUUCACUGAUAAACAAUCUGGAUGGACUAUUGAAGAGGACACUCGGCUCUUGAAUUACAUAAAGGACAAUAUAACCGAAGCAGGACCCAAAAAAAUCUCCUGGGCCGAUUGUUCCAGGUCGUUGGGUAAUCACUCGCGCUUAAGUUGUCGCACCCGCUUCUAUACGAUUGAGAAGUUCCUUGAGAAGAAUCCAGAUGCCACGCUUGACGAAGUUCCAAGAAAAGAAAAGAAACUAUCGUCAACAGUAACGCACGAAAACUGGAUGAAAACUUUUGUUAAUAUCCGCAAUGCAGCGAGUGAACCUAAACCAGAAACAACGCCACCUGUUCAAGAGGGACCAUCAACAUCUGGUAAGGGAAAAGCGAAGAGAAAAAAAAAUUCGCAAAAGAAACAAAGAAGGCCAAGAAUUGAAACGCGUCCUUUCGUUGAUACGAUCAAAUGUAAGACUAAGUUAAGUUUUUAUAACAAGUUGAAAUACACAUUUCAUUAUCGAUUUGCGGAGCCGAUAUCUGCUAUUCAAAAUAACAAAGUUUUUUGUCUCAAUAAAGCAGUGUUUCAUUUGCUGAAUUGUACGACGAAUCUGGAUAGCGUCAGUGACUACAUGGAACAUUUCGUCCCAAACGAACGUGUUCUUUUACGCAGCAGUCUUUCGAUAAGGUUCAAUCCUAAGCUGAUGACCUUUCUAGAGGAUGCAAAAAGCUGCUUCUUGUUUCCUCCAAACUACAACACGAUGAUUGGCGUAAGAGGUGUUAUUCUGAAUGCCACUCACCCCGAUGAUCCAAAAACCAGAAACACCGAAGAAACUAUUCGGUUGGACGAGGAAGAUGAGGCAGGUUAUCAUUACGCACUGGAAACCUUCCGCGAUCGCUUCCGUAUGAUGUUCUACUGGACGAUGCUGCUAGUGCGUCAAAACCCAGAUAAAGCAACCAUCGUUGAUGGUGCUGAGCAGCCUAAGCCAGUCUAUCAUCUGGAGGAAUCAGACGCUAAUCAGCAGAAAUUGACAAAUUAUAGCAAUACUGAAAAACAGGCACGAGAUUGUAUUACUGCUACACAAGUCGAGGAAGCAACCACCUGUAUGCAGCAAAUGGAACUGACACCGCCAUCAUCUGCGAAAGAUACGAGCAACGACUACAAUCCAUCAAUGGUAACCAGCUCAAAAAUGCAGAUUAUUGCAGUUAAACGGAUCACCGAAACGUCCCUAGAAUCAAUCGAUAUCAAUCAAUUUAACGACCCACCGACAAUUACCCAGAUUGUACCGCACAGACCACCGUCCCUUCCACCGCCUGAACCGUCAUACCAAUCGAAUACACAAGACGAGCAAGUACCGCUGGUUCAAGGAAACACCGUAGUGUCGCUUAUAAUCCCGACAAACAAUGAACUCCCACAGUCAAGAGAUUUUGUUGGACACAUAACCAUCAUCAAUCCGAAAGAUCUACCAGCUGCACCGUCUUUGCAUACGGUUGCACCGCCAAUGUCAUCGCCCACAUGCGUGGAAAAUUAUCCACCGACAACAACGACGAUUGUCGACGAGUCGCCAACAGUUGCCGAAGUUAGUCAGCUAGCCGAUCAGUUGUACCAAGCGCAAGAUGAGUUGUCCUCGGAGGGUUGCGAUAACGGCACCAAGGAAGAAGAGGAAUUUGCGGAACCAACACCACCGUUGGAUGAUGAUGAUGAUCGUUGGGAAGUGGCAAGUGAUGCUGGAGAAUCGAGCAACACGAAAGAGCCUUCGGAUGAGACAACGUAUUAUGAACCAGCUAAAAGCGUAUCGACUGCAGCGAUUGGUACCAGUAUCGGCGAUCCCAAUGGUCCUAAUGAUAAAAUAUCGGAAAACAACAACGCCACGCCGAUCUGCAAAACCGAAUCGCAAAAUUGUUCAGAUCAAACUGACUUCGAAGAUGCAAUUCCGGUCACUGUAGUAGAUUCACAAAACUUCACCCCAGUUGACGCCACACCUUCGGUAGCGAGCGUCCAAUCGAGAGUAAUCGACGCAUCCACCGUCAUGGAAACUUCGGAUGACAGUUUACUGCCAAACUCGGACGCGGAUGAACCGAUCCUUUCGACCCCGGUAAUUGAUAUUAGCAGUUCUAUGAUAUCAAUCUGCUUCGAUGAUGACGACUUCAUGAAAACAGAGAAUCGCUCUACCGAUGUUCGGACUCCUGCUCACCAAGUGAAAAGCGUGACUAGCGUAGGUGACUUUGUGAUUCAAGAAUUGCAUGAAACUGACCGAGAACCAAAUUGCUCGAGUCCAAAACAAAGUGCGAAUGUUGGACGUUCUGAUGAAGUAGCUUGUACUGAGAAAACUACCGAGUUGAGCACGCAGCAAUCAGAUGAGUUGGAAUGGAGAUCGGAAAUUGUAAAAGCGCCGAAAAGAACCUACGGUCGUACUAGAAAGCAAGAAACAGUUUUAAUCGAUCCACCGGACAAGCUUAAGAUAGUUGACUCCCAUGCCUGGCGCUGGGUACAUGUAGAAGAGUCCGAUGAUGACGACGUCGAUUUACAUCAAAAUCUGUGGGAUGGUUGCGAUCCUUUCCGAUUACAAUUCACGUCAGGUGAUUUCAACAACUCCACUGAAACAUUUGCGAUUGAACCAAAAAAGCAAGAGGUUAUUGUAAUAGAUGACGAUGAAGUUGUAGUCAAAAUGGAGCCCGAAGAAAUUGUGGAAUCUCACCAAGAAACUCAGGACGACGAGGCAUUGCAAAUACAGAAAAUAAUUGAAACGGCAAGUGAAAUUCUUCGAAUAUCUGAAGAAUAUAAAGUUCUGAACCCUCAAGAUGCCAAUCAACCGGUUGUUGAAUCUGAACCAGAACUACCACCUGCACCAUCUCCAUCGGUGUCAUCACAAAAAACUAUGUUAGAAUUAUAUUCCGAUACUGAUUCUUUGGUAGUUCAAACUCCAUCAAGAGUUUUUGACGAAGAGUCGAAUUGCUUUUAUUACGUUGAUGAAAUACAAGAUGGGGCUUCCUUAAUGGGAUCUUCUAUGACAUCUUCUAAUUUUCCCUCAACUUAUUUUAUAUACAACGGCGAGGAUGAUCAGAUUGAAGAAAAUCAGAUAGAAACUAGGUCUUCCGGAUCAAUAGCGGCGUUGGAAAACCUAGAACCGCCGACAACCUCCAUACCAUCCACAUUUCAACAAACACUUGACAAAAUCAAGACGUACGCAUUUAGAAGAAAAUCUGAAGCAAUCCAAUCGAAGGCCAAAGAACAGGCACCCAAAUUAAUCAAAAAAGCGCAUUCUAAAACACAUCGUAUUGAAAUGGUUCUACAGUCAACUAACCCAUCUGUCGGAAAACCGAAAAGACCGCCUCGUGAAAGCACGUUAGUUAAUCCACGUCAACGGCACGCCGUUCAAACGCAAGCUCUCUCGUUGUUGGAUGCUCUUUUUAAGCAACCCAAACUGCCACCGUUGCAACGCACGUCUUCUACAACUCCUUGCCCUUCAACGUCGUCGUCUUCGUCGUCGCGGUCCGCAUCACGUUCCUCGGUAGUUCCAAAACGGCCACUCUCCUCUAGUCAGCAGUUGCACUCAAAGCAACCAACCAAAAAAGUCAAACUGGAGCCACCGGAGACGUUCGAUGCGGUGGAUGUCAUUAGCCUGCUAGCCAGUAAGAAGGCUACAGCUGGAGAUGAUUUCGUCGACGAGGAUGAAAGUGAAUACUUGGCCCAGUUGGCAUCUGCUUCAGCUUCGCCGUCGCAGCAAAGCACCGAUACUGCAAAUGACAACUCGAGUGCGAGCCAGCGAGUACCAAGCAAUACUACGGUGCACCCCGGUCCUUAAAAUACAACCGAAUGGGUAUUAUUUUAUUUUAACGAUUUUUAUUGGAAUAAAUAACACUGCUUUUGGAAGAUAGAAGCAUGAUUAUAAGAAAACUA